ACAGGCUUCUAAUGUGCGAUUCAUUUUAUUUCUUUUUACUGCAAAACUUCUGUCUACGAAGAUGGCGUAUGAGUUUCCUGAUGGAAAUGGAUAUUUACAAAACUCAGCUGGUGGAUCAGUACCUGCCGUUAACAGGAAAUAUAAAAAGAAGUGUAAAAGAACACUCAGUGACUUAGUUUUUGAAACAGCAGCUCUUUGUGACGAAGUUUUUCUGAUGAAAAAAAAGAUACUCAUUGUGAAGGAAGAAACGAUGUUUUAUCGCGAGAAACUACAUGAUCUUCAGGAUAUUGCAGAAAGCCACAAAAUUAAGCCAAUUCCUCUUGAUAUAACUGGUCGUCCUGUUUUCCCGAUUGCGCUCGGAGGAUUAACGGUACAUAGCCUGGGAGAGGUGAGAACAAGAUUUUAUUUUGAAUCAUCUUACAAUAAACAUACUGCAUAAUACCAGUUUAGUUAA